AUGUCCGCCUUCCACCACCUCGUGACUGAACAGCCGCCCCAGGUUCAAGCGCUUGAUCUGGGGGAGAACACGGCCUGCGUGCUGCUGAAGAAACGCAGCAUCGUCGUUCGGGAAACUCCCAUGCCGAUCCUGCAGCCGGACGGCGUGCUCGUCAAGGUCAUCGCUAGCGGAAUCUGUGGCUCGGACUUGCAUAACUACACGGCCGGCGGCGUCGGCGGCCGCCCCGUCACUGAGCCGCUGGUCAUGGGUCACGAGAGUGCCGGAGAAGUUAUCGCCGUGGGCGAUAUGGUCAAGACGCAUAAGGUCGGAGACCGUGUUGCAGUGGAGCCCGGCCUCCCCUGCCGCCGGUGCAAGAACUGCAAAGAGGGACGCAUGAACAUCUGUCUCGACGCGCACUACUGUGGCAGUCCUGGCUCCGUCGGUUCCCUGUCUCGUUACUUCGCCCUGCCGGCCGACAUGGCGCCCCAUAUCCCCGACACACUCAGCUGGGAAGAAGCAGGCUCGAUCCAGCCUUUGGCCAUCGGGGUGAACAUUGCCCGCCGCGCGGAUCUGAGGGCGCACCAGACGCUCGCUGUCAUCGGCACUGGCCCUAUCGGGCUGAUCACGGGCGCUGUGGCGCGCGCCUACGGGCUGAGCAAGAUUGUCGGCUUUGACGUGAACCCGAAAAGAGUCGAGUUUGCGCGCAAGUACAAGGACCCGAGUGGGCGGGCGGUGUUUGACCAUGUGUUCGUCGUGCCCGAGCUGCCUACUGCUCUUCCCGCUAAGAACGGCAAUGCAAACGGAGCGUCGCAUGAUGAUGAGGAGGAAGUCCCCGUGGGAGAUAUCAAGUAUGAAGCUGCCAAGCGGAAUGCGGCAGAGUACCUCAGGGAAGCUGGGGUCGACAGCGAGGGCUUUGAGCGUGUCGUUGAGGCCUCUGGUGCCGAGGACGGGGGCAUGCUCGGUGUCGCUCUCACUCAGAUGGGAGCGACGUACCUCGCCGUCGGGCUCGGACAUCACCAGACGAACCGUUUCCCGACGCUGGCCGUUACGAACAAGGAGCUGGACGUCAAGGGAAUCACUCGGUACACUUCUCCCUGCUUCCCGAACGCGAUUGACCUGCUCGCGCGCAACGCUGUGGACCUGAAGCAACUCAUCACCAAGGUCUUGCCUCUGAGCCGGAGCAAGGAUGCGUUCGACGCUGUCGAGAGCGGCGAGGAGAUCAAGGUCAUCAUCAAGAACCAGGAGAUGUGA